AUGGCUCCUGAUUACAAACUAACCUACUUUGACUUACGAGCUCGAGCUGAACCCGUAAGACUUGUUUUUGCCUACGCUGGAGUAGACUAUGAAGACAACAGAAUAAGCUGGGAAAACAAAGCCGAACAGUGGAUACCACUAAAAAACAGUAAGUAAUUUCACACUUAAAUACCCGCAUACAUCAUUGUGAUCUCAAGUAAUCUUCGUUUGCAAGAUUUAGCUUUGAGGACCUCAAAGCAAUGUUCAGUACAAUACAAGCGUACUAAUAAUUCAAAAGCAAACUUAAUUUAUAACACGAGCCGUCACUGUUAAACCUGUUAUAGGCCAAAACCAACAACGUGACUUUAGGAAUUAAGCGUGCAUGCAAGCGCUUCAGCCGUGUGUAUCACAAGUCAGUUAGAGAGACUGGCAUUCCGUUUACGGCAAACGUGAGAAUCAAGUUGAGAAAUUUUCAAAAUGAGUAAUGAGCAGAUAAAAACAGCUUAAAACAAUUCUUAUGGAUAAAAGUGGCGUGAAUUUACCGCCUUUUUUCGUGUAGCUAUAAUGAACAGUAAACCGGAUAUGCAGAUGGAAAACUUGGUCGCGUGGUUCAAAUUUACGUUUGCCGUUUGCCGUAAACGCGAUGCUUAACCUCUCUAUUAAUAUUUUUAGUUAUUAAGUUAACCGAUAAGAAAAGGACUUUUUUGGUAAUAUCAACUAAAUUGAACUUAAGAGUUUCUUUAGUCCGAUCAUGUUAAAGCACUUUGAUGAAAUCUUGCAUUGAGAGUUUCUGUAUUUACAGGUGGAAAAUGUCCAUUUGGUCAAAUUCCUCUUCUUGAAGUUGAGGGUGUUACACUAUGUCAGUCAAUGGCCAUACUCCGAUUCGUGGCUAGACGAUACGGUAUGUAUCAGUUCUUCAUGAUAUGAAUACUGAGAAAACGGUUAAUACAAAUGGUAGCGGUCCAAUUUGGUCCGGCAUGUAUUUAAAAAAUCCGCCCAGUAUCCAAAAUAAAUGUAGAAGGAAUGGCUCAUCACCAAAAGCAAAAAGAACCCAUGAAUAACAAAAUUGUUAUGAGUCAUAAUACUGACAUAUCGUGCGGGUCAGAUAGACUUUGUGAGAGUUGUACGGUAGGGCUUGAAUUACUCUAGCCUCACACGCAGCGUUUUUAGGGGAGCUCGUGUUUCGUCCCUCACCACAAACGCCUGCUUAACCGAGAACAACAUUCCUUUCCUAAGCUUUGCCAAUCACGUUGUACUUUCCAAAUUCUGGAAACUUGAUCUUGACCGCAGGGUAACCCGAUAUUUUUUCGAUCUGCAUGAAACACUUGGAAAGCUUUAUGACCACUAAUAAAUGUUAGACUCAGAGCGGCAAAAGUAAGAUUUAGUCGGAUUGUACAAUACACCGUGUACUACAUAACCUUAGCGAAGGAAAGAAAAGAGGGAAAAAGGUAACUCUGGGGUCACGUUUUUACACUACCAGGAGGUUGUGAGUCGUGUUUAGCCUUUUAACACUUUAUUUCACAACUGUUGAUUGGUCACUUAUCACGCGAAUAAAACAAUGGGAAAGGAAUGUUGUUCUCGUUUGAGCAGGCGUUUGUGGGGAGGGACGAAAUACGAGCUCCCCUAAGAACGCCUGUGUGGGAGGUUAGAAUUACUUCGAUUCUUGGCUAGAGGAUGGGGUAUGCAUUUCUUCCUUGUGUCAAUAGUAAUAAAACGGUCAAUAAAAAUGGAUGGGGGCGUGCAUUUAAAAAAUCCGUCCUGUAACGAAAAUGAGUGCAGAAGGAAUUGCUCAUCACCAAAAGCAAAAAGAACCCAUGAAUAAUGAAAUACUUAUGAGUCAUAACACUUACAUACUGUGCGGGUCAGAUAGACUUUGAGAGAGAGAAACGGUUCUUACUUACUACUUAACUGCAUCCGAGAAUAUCGAUGACAUAAACAUACGUUAGGUAUACGGUAUAGAUACACGGUAGGGCUUGAAUACUUGUUUGAAUAAUUUCUGUGUUUAUAAUAGCAUGGGCGGAUGCCCAGAUACCAAUUCCCUGUGGUAUCACCCCGCCUACCCCCGAACCAAAAUCCCACUCCGCCCUUGCAAUAUCAAUUUAUGAAAUGCCUUUGUUAACAGGUUUGAUGCCUAGCAACGAUAUCCAGCAGGCAAAGGCAGACAUGUUUUCUGAGGCAGUUUACGACUUAGAAAACGCGAUGGUCCGUGCAAUUGUGCAGCCAGAACCAGAUCGAAAGGUAACGCGUCAAACUUGCCAGGAUGUCCUCUUGUCAAAUGACAUAACCGGGACAGCAGGGCGGCAUGCGCAGUGUUAGCCUGCGAGCGAAGCGAGCCGCGCGAGAACAAGCAAGCAGCGAGGCUGCGAGGGGCCAAGGAAAGGAGCGCCCCCGGCUUUCAAGUCUCCUCUCGCGUGACUGUCGUGCGUCUACUUUUCACGAUAUCCCCCAAAUGGAGAGCUUGCUUGCUGGCUAGCGCAGAGCAAGACAGCUGUAGAUCUGAGCUGGAAACACUUGCUCAGGAAUAUCUGUUGAAGGCUAUUUAAGCUUUGACGAAUACCUAGUCUGUGUUGAGAACUUUGCCCCGUUCACUAGGGUUUCCAGAUCAACGAAAGCUACACUAAAACAAUCAGUAGAGUCGAUUGUAUUUAAUCACUUGGCUCACUUGUAUUCACUCGUUACAGCAGUUGUGCAAGAGCUACUCUCUCAAACAUGGAAAAGAACGCUCGAUUUCAUACUAGUAUACAUUAGAUAUGAUUGGUUGUUGCUAGGCGAUAAUCAGAAAAAGGUCAAUCAAUUCUUGCAGCUAAAGUGUUCAUUGUCUCAUAAAAUCUAGACCUAAUUUAAACAUCCGUGUCACUAUAUUGUCACGUAACAUGAAGUCUCCGACAUCUGCUACACAGCCGUUCUUAGCGUCGUCACGCAACGCUCCUCCCCACUUAGUGGGGAGGAGCGUUGCGUGUCGACACUAAAAACGGCUGUGUAGCAGACUAACGAAUACCCUGAAGUUUUGAAGUAAAAUCCCUCACUCCCAUAAUAAUUCAUUAUAGUUUCCUAUUAUUACUGUACUGAAAAGUUCAGGUAUGAAAGAGGAGGAUGGUUUGUUUCCUUUUCCUUUCUUUUUCAUGACUUUAAAAAAUUCCCUAACUGAUAUCAAGAGAUAAUAACGAGCUGGCAGUUGGUAACUGACCUACCUCUUCAAUAUUUUUCAAUCUACAGAAAGUUUUGAUGGAAACAUUUAAAUCAGAGACAGUACCAAAGGCAUGCAACUAUCUUGAGAAAUUUCUGGAUGGAAAUCCAAAAGAUGAAGUAUACUGCGUUGGAAAUAAGGUAAUUUUCUAAAAUUUGUUCCAAGACCGAUGUAUUCAGCAAUCAGUAAGGUGAUGUCAAAAAAUGUAAGUGACAUUGGCCCUUCAACUAAGUAACGCUGUUUUUGUUUCUAUUCUUGACAGUUAAGCUUUGCAGACAUCUGUUUCUUCGCGUUCUUCAAUAGUUACCUAGGCGAUGGUGAAAUGGCUGUACCAGACACUUUGAAAGGCCUUCCUCGUCUUACCGCACUGUACGAGAAAGUCAGGGAUGAGCCCAAGAUCAAAGCGUGGCUUGAGAAACGACCUAACUCUGUUCUUUAA